CCUCUGCCACCAUUUGUACAUUGCCAGUAGCCACAGAAUCCAUCGCCAGAUACACAGUACACGACGCACGCCGGCCGGCCGUUCCAUUUCGCUCCGCCCUCCCGCCUUGUCCCGUUGCUGAGUUCCCGUCGCCUCGCCCGGAGCAGUUCGCCGCCGUUCAAGGAUCCUCCCCGGUCGCUCGCCGCCAUGAAGAAGGUUGUGGUGAAGCUGGACGUGAACGACGACAGGCAGAAGGCCAAGGCGCUCAAGGCCGUCUCCGGUCUCCACGGCAUCGACCAGUUAGGCGUGGACAUGAAGGAGCAGAAGAUGACCGUCAUGGGCACGGUCGACCCUGUCGCCGUCGUCGGCAAGCUGCGCAAGCUCUUCCCCGGCGCGCAGAUCUUCUCCGUCGGGCCGGCCAAGGAGGAGAAGAAGGACGACAAGAAGGACGGCGGCGGCGACAAGAAGCCCGCCGGGGACAAGAAGGACGGCGACAAGAAGGAGGGCGGCGACAAGAAAGACGGGGACAAGAAGGACGGCGACAAGAAGCAGCAGGAGGCGAAGCCGGCCGUGCCGGUGUACCCGCCCUACUGGUACCCGAUGCCGCCGCAGCCGCGCUACAUCGUCCACAGCGUCGAGGAGGACCCCAACUCGUGCGUCAUCUGCUGAUCGCGCCCACGCGCCGCCGCCGCCCAUCUUCCCCUGUACAUUUCGUCGCUGUCCUGCCUGUCUUCCUCUGCCGCCGCCGCUGCCGGUGGUUGGUGGUUGCUGUACUCAUCAGCCCACCUGCCGCAGCGAUCGACGGCGUGCGUUACACUUGCGUAUACGACCGCGUAAUUACCAGUUGCGUUGCAUCGAUAGGUGCUGUUUGGCUUAUUUUCGGGAAGAUGUCGACCGCCGGGAUGCUAGUUGUAGUAGUACUACCACAUCUACAUGCAUCUGCUGAUCAGUUUGUAGAGUGAGAAGAGCUAUAUAUAAAGAGAAAUAACUUUUGAUAGUAUCUGAAUUUCAGAAAAUGCUGCCCAACUGGUCUGAAAAGUACUUAUGUUUGUUCUCCUGAUGGAAAACUAUAGUGUAAAUCAGCACUAAAACCAUCGCGAUUCACGUCAUAGGAGUAUAAUUAAAUUCAGCACAGCUGAAUCAUGUGAAAUCGCACUAUGAUUGGCAUGGUUGUGUGAUGAAUGUGGGUGGCUGAGAUUCUCCCUGUUAUUACGGCUCCUUGAUAUCGAUAUUAAUUGUGCAGGCCUAAUAUUGUGCCUUCUUGUAACUUCGAAAAUAUAAAUCCCUUUUUUGUUUUUCUAU